AUGUCCGAUUCAUCAAGCUCAGAGGGAGAAGAGAUCUCAGAGCCUGUUCGUGAGACCAAGAAAUCAGCAAAGAAUAACAAAGAUGGGUCACCGUGCGUGAGUGGAGACGAAAGCCAUGGGGAAGAAAACGUGCAACCGAAGACUUUCAAGGAGCUAGGUGUCUGCGAUCCACUUUGUGAGGCAUGUGAAAGGUUAGAUUGGAAGGCGCCGUCGAAAAUACAAUCAGCUGCUCUUCCGCAUGCUUUGAGUGGGCGAGAUGUGAUUGGAUUGGCAGAAACUGGCUCUGGAAAGACAGGUGCUUUUGCUUUGCCGAUUUUGCAGUCAUUACUGGAAACUCCACAAAAACUUUUUGCGCUUGUACUUACACCGACAAGAGAACUUGCUUUUCAAAUUGCCCAACAAUUUGAAGCGUUGGGCGCUGGUAUCGGCCUUAUAGUCGCAGUCAUUGUCGGUGGCGUUGAUAUGACAACACAAGCACUUGCCUUAGCUAAACGUCCCCAUAUUAUUGUUGCUACUCCCGGCCGUUUGGUUGACCAUUUGGAAAACACUAAAGGUUUCAACUUGCGUGCACUUAAGUACCUAGUUAUGGAUGAAGCUGACAGGAUUCUAAACAUGGAUUUUGAGGUUGAACUCGAUAAAAUCUUACGAGUAAUACCGAAAGAACGCCGGACUUAUUUGUUCUCAGCUACGAUGACUAAGAAAGUUGCUAAACUUGAAAGAGCUUCAUUAAAAGAUCCAGCUCGUGUAGAAGUGUCGACGAAAUACAAGACUGUAGACAAAUUGAAGCAGCAUUACCUAUUCAUUCCGUUCAAGUACAAGGAAGCGUAUCUGGUAUAUCUGUUAAAUGAACUUGCUGGAAACACUGCGAUCGUGUUUUGUGCUACUUGCAACAAUGCUAUGCAAACGGCAAUGCUACUAAGGCAGUUAGGGAUGCAAGCAGUCCCUCUUCAUGGUCAAAUGGGUCAGGAGAAGCGAUUAGGUGCUUUAAAUAAGUUUAAAAGCAAGGUGAAGGAUAUUUUGGUUUGUACCGAUGUGGCAUCAAGAGGUCUUGAUAUCCCACAUGUCGAUCUUGUCGUUAAUUAUGACGUGCCAUCACAAUCAAAGGAUUACAUUCAUAGGGUGGGACGAACCGCUCGAGCAGGUAGGGCAGGUUUAGCCGUGACUUUUGUCACCCAGUAUGAUGUCGAAGUUUAUCAGAAAAUAGAAGCUCACAUAGGUAAAAAGUUGACGGAAUAUCCAUGUGUAGAGAAGGAAGUAAUGUUAUUGGUGGAAAGAACCCAAGAAGCAAGCGAAAUGGCUGUUAAGGAAAUGAAGGAGAUGGCUGAGAAGAAAAAGAAAGGGAAAAAGCGUGGUUUGGAAGACAUCGAUGAUUCUGAGGAAAUGCCUGCAAAAUUCAAAAAGUCCUUAAAGGGGAAAAAAGGAGGAAAGUUGAACAUACGUAAGGGACCUAAGGCUCGAUGA